GCAUACUUAACAAGACGGUGGGAAAAGACUGUGUGUGUGUGUGUGUGUGUGUGUGUGUGUGUGUGUGCGUGCAUGUAUGAAUGAAUGUAUUUUGGACUUGCUGUUAAGGAGCAAGAAGUGGAGGUGGGUGCAGCUUCCAUGGCUCAGGAAAAGAAGAGAAAGAAGACAGCAGGAGUGCGUCCUCCAGAUGGUGGCUGGGGCUGGAUGAUCGUGGCCGGCUGUUUCAUGGUCACUGUCUGCACUCGUGCUGUAACAAGAUGCAUCUCCAUCUUUUUUGUCGAAUUUCAAAUGUACUUUGCACAUGAUUACUCUGGGACUGCAUGGAUCCACUCGUUAGUAGACUGCACCACCAUGCUGUGUGCUCCUCUGGGCAGCCUGAUUGGGAAUCAGCUUUCAUGUCGUGUCGCUGUGAUACUUGGAGGAUUCCUGGCUUCUACUGGAAUGGUGCUUAGCUCUUUUGCCACCAGUUUAGAGUAUCUCUACCUCUCUCUAGGUGUCUUAACUGGACUUGGCUUUGCUCUCUGUUACACACCAGCCAUCAUUAUGGUUGGCGUUUAUUUCUGCGAGAGGAAGGCUUUUGCUUACGGCAUUGCUAUGUCUGGCAGUGGCAUCGGCACGUUCGUGCUGGCUCCUGUGGUGCAGCUACUGAUUGAACACUACUCUUGGCGUGGUGCUCUGCUUAUCCUGGGAGGCUUGGUGGCCAACCUGUGUGUGUGUGGAGCUCUACUACGGCCCAUCAUUCUCAAAGAAGAGGAAGCCUUGCCCCUGCCAGUGGACUCUGAGUGUGAAUACAGUUCGACACCUCUCACAUCUGAUCAGAAAGAGAUGAACAACAAAGAGCAGAAAUACAGCAAGCAACGCUGCAUUCACUUCUUGCAGGACUACCAUUUCCUGCUUAUGCCCGACUUCCUGGUCUUGGCAGGCUCCUUCCUGUUCCUGGCCAGCGGCUGCAGCCUGCCAUUUGUGUACUUGGUGCCCUACGCUCUAGACGCAGGUGUCAGUCACCACCAUGCCGCCUUUCUUAUGUCUAUUUUAGGUGUCAUUGACAUUGUGGGCAACAUCACCUUUGGCUGGCUCACAGACAGAAGGUGCCUGAAAAAGUACAGGACCAUUUGUUACAUGGCUGCUGUGGGGAUGGAGGGUCUCUGCUGCCUCCUCAUCCCUCUCCUACGUACAUUCACACUGCUAGUGCCCUUCUCAGUGCUCUAUGGCUAUUUUGAUGGUGCCUAUGUGGCCCUUAUUCCUGUGGUGACAUCAGAUGUAGUGGGGACAGCAUGCCUGUCAUCUGCACUUGGUGUUGUGUACUUCCUGCAUGCUAUUCCAUACCUGCUUAGUCCCCCUAUUGGAGGCUGGUUGGUGGACACCACCGGCACCUAUACAGCGACGUUCUUUCUCAGUGGUUUUGCGCUCAUCUCCAGUGCUCUCCUGCUGUGCAUCCUCACCAUGGUCCGCCACUGCCAGAGAAUUCAGAAGAACUCACUAAGCAAAGUGUCCACGCCAGAAGCAUGUGAAACCAAACAGGUGGAGUUUUAUACUGCAAAAGUCUUCUAGUGUUGGACCUAUCAUUUACUGUAAAUGAUCUGUUAGCUUUUGUUUUUGUACAAGGUACAUGUUAAGUACUUGGUCGGGGGGGAAAAAAACAUUUGUAGCAUUACCAGCACAUUUUCACAGUCUCCAAUCCCAUUAAUGUGCCUUUUCUAUCUGGCAAACUUUCUGUUGAAAAGCAUUUCAUUCUUAGAUUGUGAAUGAAAAGUUAGAAACAGAAAAGGUGAGUUAGAGUUGGUGCAUAUUGCAUCGUUUUUUUGUUUUUUAAUAUAAAGUGUUUGUUCAAAAGUGUCAUAUAACUUGAGUGUGUUCCAUUUUACACUAGUAUUACUGUACUGUAGUAAAAAAAAAAAAAAAAAAAAAAAGUAUAUUUUCUUAUGAACAGAAUUGUGCAAGACUUCAUGAAGUAGGCAAGACCAGGAUUUGUUAACAUGAUUCAGCUUGGAAAAGAAAUGAGUGCCACAAGAGGGCAGUGCUGAUUUAACUCACUACAAUCUUGGAUGAUUGUUGGAAGCCGCCAUGUUGUCACACAAUGUUUAUAUCAA